AUGCCCAUUCUCGUGCAUCUUGACCAGUUGACAUCUGCUCCUGGCAAAUAUGCUGUUCAGAACUUCAAUAAUGCCAAGAAACUGGAACACUGGAUAACGCCCAGAUCGUUUGCAAGUCCAGAUCAUGGUGUCAACAACAAUCUAGAAAAGGAUUUCAGAACCUCCAUCACGGAUGUCUUCACCACUGGUCAGAAAUUGUCACUAUCACUGCCUGAGCACCUAAUAGGUAGAUUGUCAAGGAACCUCAUGAUUGUGACAUUUAGCAAACCAAAAGGAGUUUUAGAGCAUAUCUCUGGUAUUCUGUCGACAACACUCCCCAAUGAUGCCGUAUCAGGCGAGCUCGCUGAUCUGGUUGGCUUUGACGACAUCAAAAUUGUCGCAGAAUUGCUCGCCUCUUGA